UCCAAACUCUCAUGUUCCCCCCAGCCUGUCGCUCCACCAUCGCAUCAAAUCACAAUCUUCUUCAGAGAGAUUCCCCACUCUGCUCUCACUCCCAUUUCCUCUCACUGCUUUCUUCUUCUUCUUCACCAAACUAACUAAAACCCCAAAAACCUCACAACCGAGGCACAGCCCAAACGAACUAAUCAGAACUUAAACCAAACUCUCUCUCUUAGAAUAAGCAGAGGCAUUGAUGGAGGAGAGGCCGGAGUCGGAGCUAAUAUCCAUCCCGGCGACGCCGGAGAUACUGACCCCCUCCGGGCAGAGGUCACCGAGGCCGCAGUACAAGGAGGCCAAGUCGUCAACGGCGUGGACGCCGACGUCGUUCAUCUCGCCGAGGUUUCUCAGCCCCAUCGGGACGCCGAUGAAGAGGGUGCUGGUGAACAUGAAAGGGUACUUGGAGGAAGUUGGGCAUCUCACCAAGCUCAACCCGCAGGACGCUUGGCUGCCCAUUACCGAGUCCAGAAAUGGGAACGCUCACUACGCCGCGUUUCACAACCUCAACGCCGGCGUCGGGUUCCAGGCCCUCCUCUUGCCCGUCGCUUUCGCUUUCCUUGGAUGGAGCUGGGGAAUACUGUCCUUAACCAUAGCCUAUAUCUGGCAAAUGUACACUUUGUGGAUUCUAGUACAGCUUCAUGAAGCAGUCCCAGGGAAGAGAUACAACCGAUAUGUGGAGCUAGCCCAAGCUGCAUUUGGUGAAAGGUUGGGUCUUUGGCUUGCAGUCUUCCCAACUGUAUACUUAUCAGCUGGAACUGCAACAGCUUUGAUACUCAUAGGAGGAGAGACCAUGAAACUGUUCUUCCAGAUAGUUUGUGGACCGACAUGUACAUCGAAUCCUCUCACGACAGUCGAGUGGUACCUCGUCUUCACAACUCUCUGCAUCGUUCUGUCUCAGCUUCCAAACCUCAACUCGAUCGCUGGACUCUCUCUAAUUGGUGCCAUAACAGCCAUCACUUACUCCACAAUGGUGUGGGUCCUCUCUGUCAGCCAGCAGAGGCCACCUACAAUCUCGUAUGAGCCUCUCUCACUGCCGUCUUCCACUGCAUCUCUCUUCUCCGUUCUGAAUGCUCUUGGAAUUGUGGCCUUUGCAUUCAGGGGCCACAAUCUCGUUCUCGAGAUUCAGUCGACAAUGCCGUCUACCUUCAAGCACCCAGCUCAUGUGCCGAUGUGGAAAGGAGCUAAGGUUGCAUACUUCUUCAUAGCAAUGUGCUUGUUCCCUGUAGCAAUUGGUGGCUUCUGGGCCUAUGGAAACCUUAUGCCAUCAGGAGGAAUUCUGAAUGCUCUAUAUGGCUUCCACAGCCACGACAUCUCACGAGGGCUUCUUGCAAUGACAUUCCUUCUAGUCGUAUUCAGCUGCUUGAGCAGCUUCCAGAUAUACUCAAUGCCGGUCUUCGACAGCUUCGAGGCCAGUUACACGAGCCGGACAAACCGACCAUGCUCAAUCUGGGUUCGAUCAGGAUUCCGGGUCUUCUACGGGUUCGUCAACUUCUUCAUAGGAGUGGCACUGCCAUUCCUGUCAAGCCUUGCUGGCCUACUGGGAGGAAUAACUCUCCCAGUCACAUUUGCAUACCCAUGCUUCAUGUGGAUUCUCAUCAAGAAGCCCACCAAGUACAGCUUCAACUGGUACUUCAACUGGAUCCUAGGCUGGCUUGGGAUUGCAUUCAGUUUGGCCUUCACCAUUGGAGGUAUUUGGAGCAUGGUCAACAGUGGACUCAAGCUCAAGUUCUUCAAGCCAAGUUAGAACAGAAGUGAGGUUUUUGUUGUGAUCUCCUCUCCCUUGUGAGGAAAAAUGCUGUAGAUUUCAGUUUUGUUUUCCGAUAAUUGCUCUUUGCUUGUAAUCAGCUGGUAGGAAGAGACUAUCUAAGUAAUGAUUAUCAUAUUUCUUGCAUGAGAGAUUAUCAUAUCAAAAAAGGUUUUUUCCCCUUAGUUCAACUAUGUUAAGUGUGUUUUUUGGUCCUCGUACAAACUGCGAGAACGUAUUCACAAGCGUGCCGAAUUGCUAUCGCAUUCAUCCAACGACCUGAUGAAAGGGCCGAAUCGGAUCAAAAACAGAUAAAGACUGAUAAAUUUG